CGAGGUUGUAGACGGCAGAAUGGGUGGUCACGCUGAAAGUCGCUGGGAUGAGGCUCCCUGGAAGAAGCUGUCUGAAGAGGAGCUGGAGACUCAGUACAGCCCCAGCAGAUGGGUCGUCCGGCUGGGAGCAGAGGAGGCCCUCAGGACAUUCUCGCAGAUGGGAGCCCAGGCCACCAGGCAGGCCCGGGCCAGCCGGAGGAGCCUGCUGCACGUCCCCUAUGGCCAGGGAGACGGGGAGAAGCUGGACCUCUACUUCCCUGAUGGAGUUUCCGAAGCCCUGCCCUUCUUCGUGUUCCUUCAUGGAGGAUACUGGCAGAGUGGGAGUAAAGACACGUCAGCCUUCAUGGUGGACCCUCUGACUUCCCAGGGAGUGGCCGUGGUGAUUGUGGCUUAUGAUAUAGCACCCAAAGGCACCCUGUACCUGAUGGUAGACCAGGUGACCCGGAGCAUCGCCUUUCUCCAGAAGCGAUAUCCCAGCAACAAGGGAAUUUACUUGUGUGGACACUCGGCUGGGGCCCACCUGGCCGCCAUGAUGCUCCUGGCCAACUGGACUGAGCAUGGAGUCACACCCAACCUCAAAGGCUUGUUCCUGGUCAGUGGGGUCUAUGACCUGGAACCCAUCAUGCACACCUCCCAGAAUGACCCUCUCCUCCUGAUGUGGGAAGACACUCAGCGGCACAGUCCACAGCUGCUCCUGCAGGCCGCCCCGAAGCCACCUGUGGCCCCUGCUCUUCCCACGUUGGUGAUUGUGGGCCAGCACGACUCCCCUGAAUUCCAGCGACAGUCCAGAGAGUUUUUUCAGGUGCUGUGCCGAGGAGGGUGGAAGGCCACAUUUGAAGAGAUCCCCAAUGUGGACCACUUUGAAAUCAUUGAGAAUCUAACGCAGAAGGGUUAUGUGCUCAUCCAGAUUAUUUUGGGAAUAAUCUUCCAGCAGUCCUGACGGCACCUGAACCCCAGCCCAGCGCUGGCCUGCCUGCGAAGCUUCUCCGCGAAGCCUUCCCGCUUCCCCAGCGCUGAGUAAAGCCUUUCUUUGUCUGCCGGCCUAGGAAGAACAAAUUCUCCACACAGCUCUAAACAGUAGUGAAAAUCUCCACCUUCUGCCUGUUCUUACCUGGGAUCAGUGGGCUCCAGCGAGGGCCUGGCCCAGCCCAGGUCAGGGCUGUGUGGGGCCUGGAGCCUCCUGGGCAAGUCUGGCCCUCUGGCUGCUGAGAGAGAGGGGACAAAAAUGAAGGAACAUCUGUAUACUUACCU